CUCUGAUGAUGACACCUGUCAAAGCUGUCAUUUUAAUGUAAAUUUAGUGGUGUCAGAUUUCCGCACCAAUACUUAAUUUAAUUAAUUUAAAAGUUAUAACUGAAACUAAACUUAUUAACACAAAAUGCAGAAUCCUAAUGAGGAUACAGAAUGGAACGAUGUCCUUCGAGCCAAGGGAAUUAUACCUCCCAAAGAAGCGGAGAUAUCAGAGGACCAAAUAGUUAAUAUGAUAGAGCAGACCAUCCAGCAGAAACAGGCUGAAAAGGACAAACAACUAUCAGAAUUAGAUUUAGACGGGCUAGAUGAGCUUGAAGAUUCAGAGGAUGAGGCUGUGCUAGAGGAAUACAGGAGAAAACGUAUUGCGGAGCUGAAGAGACUGUCUGAAAAGCCUCGGUUUGGUGAUGUGAGGGAGGUGUCAGGACAGGACUAUGUGCAGGAGGUGAACAAGGCCGGUGAAGGAAUAUGGGUGGUCAUACAUCUGUAUAAACAAGGCAUUCAGCAGUGUGCCCUAAUCAACCAGUAUAUGCGCCAGCUGGCAGCAAAGUUCCCAUACACCAAAUUCUUGAAGGCAGUGGCUCAGACAUGUAUACCAAACUUUCCUGAGAGGAACCUGCCCAGUGUGUUUGUAUACUUUGAGGGAGAUAUGAAGAAACAGUUCAUCGGAGGCACAGAGUUGAGAGGAACUUCCUUGACAGUUGAAGAAUUUGAAUACAUACUGGGUCAAGUUGGUGCUGUAGACACAAAAAUAACAGAGGACCCCAGACCAAAGAUUAAGGACAAGAUGUUUACUGACCUUGGCUCCAAUGACUGGUGAUAGUGGUAUGGUCACGAGAGAGUGAAGAGCUGCUGGCGACGCUUCGGUGCGGGUUCAUGUGCUUUACUUGCAAAUUAUUUAUUUUUAAUGAGUAAUGAAAUUAUUUUUAGUAAUUACUAAAGUAUUUGUUUAUACUAUAUUGAAUAUCUGUCUGUUAUUAUAUCAGAACUUAUCACUAAGUAUCUUAAAGGUAUUAAAAAUGA